UUCGCUAAAAAACAUGAAAAUAAACGAAAAAGGGAAAUCUGCGGAACAUUCUUCAUCUCGCUCUCGCUUUUCAAGCCCAACAACGCCCAAGAUUGUGUCUCCGAUAAUUUGAAUUCUGAAGAAUUCUCAAACACUCUGUUUUUGAUCAUCGACGCUGAUCUCUGUUUCCCUUCAUCACUGUUUCUGAUCGCAAAGGUCCAAGGUUUUCCGCAUCAAAAUCUAACUUUGUUGCCUCCAUCAUCACUAUGGGUAGAAUCACGAAACUGGGUUUUCUUCUGUUACCCAGAUAAGUCAAAGGGUUUAUUCUUUCUCUUAUCUUUCGUUGCUAUCGCCAAUCGUAUCAAUUUUCGGACAAGUGCACAAACGACAACAUUUGUAUCUGGUUAGAAGAAAAAGGGUAAGGGUUGUUCCGUGUUUGUUUGAUGAAUUAUGUUCAAUAAGAUAUUCAGUAAACUCCCUCGGAAGUCAUCGAGAGGUCCCGAACACGGUGGAAGUGGAAAAGGCCAUCAUGGCGUUACCACUUCUUCGAAGAACAGUGAUUCUGUUAGUGCUUCCCCUGGUGGCACCAGACCGGGGAAUUCUUCCGUUGCGGGGCAGAAUCAUGGUAACAGAGUUCCAUUACCGAAGGUUGUGAAUGAGAACAAUAUUCACAACAACCCCAAUAACGGGAAUUUGGGUUCCUAUGAGGCAUUGCCUGCAUUCAGGGAUGUUCCCUCUUCUGAGAAGACAACUUUGUUUGUGAAGAAGCUUAGAAUGUGUUGUGUGGUGUUUGACUUCACUGACCCCACCAAACACGUCAAGGAGAAGGAGAUUAAGAGACAGACCUUGGUGGAACUCUUGGAUUAUGUGACUUCUGCGAAUGCUAAGUUCGCGGAGAAUGUGAUGCAGGAGGUUGUGAAAAUGGUGUCUGCAAACAUAUUCAGGACACUCAGUCCUCAGCCACGCGAGAAUAAGAUCGUUGAUGGUGUUGAUGUGGAGGAGGAGGAGCCUUCCAUGGAUCCUGCUUGGCCUCAUUUGCAGAUUGUGUAUGAGUUUUUUCUGCGGUUUGUGGCCUCACCUGAGCUGGAUCCGAAGUUGGCCAAGAGAUACAUUGAUCAGUCCUUCAUUUUGAAGCUGCUGGAUUUGUUUGACUCCGAGGAUCCGAGGGAGCGGGAGUACUUGAAGAUGACUCUGCACCGUAUCUAUGGCAAAUUCAUGGCGCAUCGCCCUUUCAUCAGGAAGGCCAUCAACAAUGUGUUUUUUAAUUUUAUUUUUGAGACUGAUAAGCAUAAUGGGAUUGCCGAAUUCUUGGAAAUUCUUGGGAGCAUCAUCAAUGGUUUUGCAUUGCCAUUGAAGGAAGAACAUAAAUUGUUUCUUGUUCGCAUCCUGAUUCCUCUGCACAAGCCAAAAUGCUUGGCAAUGUAUCAUCAACAGUUGUCGUAUUGCAUUACUCAGUUUGUGGAGAAAGACUGCAAACUUGCUGAUACAAUUAUCAGGGGGCUGUUGAAGUACUGGCCCAUAACAAAUAGUUCAAAGGAAGUUAUGUUCCUGGGUGAGUUAGAAGAAGUCUUGGAAGCAACUCAACCCCCAGAAUUCCAGCGUUGUAUGGUGCCAUUGUUUCGUCGGAUUGCCCGUUGUUUGAAUAGCCCUCAUUUUCAGGUGGCAGAAAGAGCUUUGUUUUUGUGGAACAAUGAUCAUAUCGUGAACUUAAUCAAGCAAAACAGAAAAGUGAUACUGCCCAUCAUCUUCCCUGCAUUGGAGAGAAAUACUAGAAGUCAUUGGAACCAAGCUGUCCAUAGUUUGACCUUAAAUGUGCGGAAGAUUUUUAUUGAUGUCGACGCUGAUCUAUCCAAAGAAUGUUUACAAAAGUUUGAGGAAGACGAGUCAAAGGAAGAUGAAGUCAAAGCAGGGCGUGAAGCCACGUGGAAUCGCUUGGAAGAGCUUGCCAUUAAGAAAGCUGCAAGUGGGGAAGCAGUGCUUAUUGGUAAAGCACCAACUCGCCCCUCUGCAGGUUAGAUAGAACUGGAAUAUGUGUAUUCUGCUCCAAUAGCUUCAUUUUUUCAAAAAAAAAAAGAUUUUUAUAGUGUUCUUUUUUUGCAUGUGAUGGGUUGGCCAAGAGGGGCAAUUUCUUGAAUACUUUCUUAUUCACUUCUUAUAGAAAGCUAUGAUUAGUAGCAAA